AUGACGGCUCCCUGCACGAGCCGUGGCAACGACACGGCCUGCAAGAGCUGCCCGCCCGGCACCUACCUCUCCUUCCAGAACCUCGAGCGGGAAUGUCGAAAGUGCUCCGAGUGCCAAGCGCAAGCUUCCCAGCUCGUGCUGAAGAACUGCACCGAGACGAGCGACAUCGAGUGCGGCUGUGGGGCCGGCCACUUCAUGCAGUGCACGGACCCUACCUGCAGAGACUUCACCUGCCAGGAAUGUCGCCGGUGCAAGGGCAGGGCCACCCAGAAGAACUGUUCAGAGAAGGAGGAUGCCCAGUGUGGGAACUGCCAGCCUGGCUUCUACCUGGAGGGCAGCGAGUGCCGAGCAUGUUCCAGCCAGAUCCCUGAGAAGUGUGGCGAAGGGUGCGGCAGGCCAUGCGGUGGCAGCAGCCAAGGCUCUGGGCUGGAGUACAUCCUGCUGGGCCUCAUGGGGCCCCUCUUCCUAGGAGCGCUCGUCAUCUACCACAAGAGGAGGACGAUCAGGAAUGAUUCCCCAGCAGCCGGUGAGGCCGCAGCAGUGAAAGACUCGACGCUGCAGCAGGCCUCAGCGUGUCCAUCUGGCACCGUAGAAAAGCCCCUGGAGUCGCAGGGUUUGCUCCACCUUCAGGUCACGGAGGCAUCGCAAAUGAACGGCAACGCCUGUCCAGUCAGGCCCCUUGGCAGCCAGGACACCUGGGAGUCGCCCGCGGAGCCCCGGGACACAGCAAGGCCCCUCCCUGGCGUUCUCCCGCAGGGCAGCAAGCUGUACGACAUCAUCAACACGGUGCCCGUGCGGCGCUGGAAGGAGUUCAUGCGGGUGCUGGAGCUGCAUGACGGCGAGAUCGAGGUGGUGGAGCUGGAGUUCGCCCACGUCCGGGACCAGCAGUACGAGAUGCUGAAGAGGUGGUACCAGCAGAAGAACGCCACGCUGGAGUCCAUCUUCUCAGCCCUGGAGCGCAUGGAGCUGGCCGGCUGCGCUGAGGAGCUGAGGCAGCGGCUGCAGAGGUGCCCAUGA